CGAACAGCUGUGUUGCGUUUUCGCUGUUGUUCACGCGUGUUGGCAUAUUUGAAUUAUAUUAUUAUUUUUUCCAUAAAAAUGUCAAGUUGUGAAUUUCAAGCUGUAGUUUUAGCUGCGGGGCGUGGCACACGCCUGCCCGAAGUGCUGGGCGAUUCACCCAAGUGUCUGCUGCCCGUGGGACCUUAUCCCUUGAUAUGGUAUCCACUCAACAUGCUGAGCAGACACAACUUCACAGAGGUAAUCGUUGUGGUUCAGGAGCAGGACAAGCUGGAGAUUCAACUGUCAUUGGAGCACACGCCACUUAAAGUCAAAAUCGACUAUGCCACGGUGCCAAAUGACAGCGAUUUCGGCACAGCCGACAGCCUGCGCUAUAUAUACGACAGAAUCAAAUCCGACUUUCUAGUUGUCAGCUGUGAUAUAGUCAGCAAUGUCAGUUUAUAUCCGCUGAUCAACAAGUUCCGUGCAGAUGAUGCGUCACUGGCGCUGCUGCUGUUCAAAAGUGGCUUUGAAUCGGAUGUUGUUAUGCCAGGUCCCAAGACCAAGUAUAAGCCAGAGCGCGACAUGAUCGGCAUCCAUACGGCCACGCAGCGUUUGGCAUUUAUUUUUGCUGCCAGCGACUGCGAGGAUACGCUAAAUAUCAAACGGCAUCUGCUCAAGAAUAAAGGUCAACUGGAUGUCUAUGGACGCCUGCUGGAUGCGCACAUCUAUGUGCUGAAGAAGUGGGUGAUUAACUAUCUGCACAGGAAGGAACAAAUUUCAACAUUUAAAGGCGAAUUCUUGCCACAUCUCAUUCGAAAACAACACGCCAGGCGCUCAACGAAAAUAGCGCCUGAUACCACCUCUGAGCUGGGCGUCGGAACAAAGCACGAGGAUAACAUUUUGCAUUAUGUUACGCACACGGCGCUGGACCAGAAGCUCACACAGACUUCACUGUUCAAUCAAUCUUUGUCGCACAUACCGUACCACGGCGACGUCGUGCGAUGUUUUGCGGUGCAGGCGCCCAAGGAUGCCAUUGGCGUGCGUGUCAAUAAUACGCUCAGUUUCCUGGCCAUUAAUCGCAAGCUAGCCGGCAUCUGGCAGGAACUGUGCGGCGACGCGCAUCCCCUGAUCUCACCCGGUGCAGUGGUCAAGUCAACGCAAACCAAGGACAUCAUUGUGGCCGACAAUGCCAAGUUGUCGGAGAAAACGUCGCUUAACUUCAGCGUCUUUGGACCCAAUUGUAUUGUCCAUCCGAAGAAUAUUGUGACCAAUUCCAUUAUUAUGGCUAAUGCGAUAGUGGAGGAGGGCUGCAACAUAAAUAACUGCAUCAUUGGAUAUCGUGCCCAGAUCAAAAGCGGCUCUGUGCUCAAUAACUGCCUGAUUGGCCCGAACUAUGUCGUGGAGGAGGGCACCAAGAGUCAAGCGUUGCAGCUAUCCAACGCUGAUCAGUAUAUGGAAAUUGAUAUACAAUGAUGAUCUUAAACUUAAUGAUGCUUCUUUAUUAACGAAAUGAGUUAGAAGGCGGAUUCUUCUAGAAGGACAUUAAAUAUUACAAAUAAGG